AUGAGUGGUACACAGAAUCCAUCUGGAGGUUAUUCCGGAUCGAACUACAGCGGCGGAAGAGGUGGAGGUCCACCUCGAUCCUUUGAAGAUAGAGCUGCUGCCAAAGAACAAAUGAUGGCGUCUGUGCGCGAAUCUUCUCAACAAGAUCGACGAGUCUAUGUCGGUAACCUCGCCUACGACGUCAAGUGGCAUCACCUUAAAGAUUUCAUGCGACAAGCUGGAGAAGUUCUCUUCGCUGACGUAUUAUUACUUCCCAACGGAAUGUCGAAGGGAUGCGGUAUUGUGGAAUAUGCAACCAGAGAUCAAGCUCAAACAGCCAUCGCAAGUCUUAGCAACCAAAGCUUAAUGGGACGACUGGUAUAUGUCCGAGAAGAUCGAGAGACAGAACCCCGAUUCACUGGACCACCCAAUCGAGGCGACUUUGGUGGCGGCAUGCGUGGCGGCUUCCAAGGUGGUGCUGGCUAUGGUGGCCAGCAGGGCGGCCCCAUGGGAGGCGCAGCCGGAGGUGGUGGCCGACAACUCUACAUUUCCAACCUACCUUUCAACGUUGGUUGGCAGGACCUGAAAGACCUCUUUCGUGGUGCAGCACAAGAAGGGAGUGUUGUGCGAGCCGAUGUGCAUGUUGACGCCACUGGCAGACCAAAAGGCACAGGUAUUGUUGCCUUCGAGAGUCCCAACGAUGCACGAAACGCCAUCCAACAAUUCAACGGUUACGAUUGGCAAGGCCGGGCUCUCGAGGUUCGAGAAGAUAGAUAUGCGAACGCUGGUGCUGGCGGCGGCUUUCAAGGCGGCAUGGGAGGCGGCUAUGGAGGCGGCUUCGGUGCAAGAGGUGGGUAUGGCGGUGGUGGCUACGGCAUGCGCGGAGGAGGAUUUAUGGGACGUGGUGGCUUUGGCGGCCGUGGAGGAUUUGGUGGAGGCUAUGGCGGUCGUGGCGGAUAUAGUGGUGGAGCUGGUUACAGCGGUCCUCCAAGUGGAGGCUACAGUGGUUCUCAGGAGGCUGCUGCGCCCAACGCCUUCACCGACUUCGCUACCAGUGGAGGCGAGCGAGGACCGCUUAUCUAUGUUCGCAACCUACCUUGGUCAACAAGCAACGAUGAUCUGAUCGAACUAUUCACGACUAUCGGAAAAGUGGAGCGAGCCGAGAUCAAGUAUGAGGGCAAUGGACGAUCAAGUGGUACGGGUGUGGUCGAGUUUGACUCUGCAGACAACGCCGAGACUGCUAUCACCAAGUUCACUGGUUAUGUCUAUGGUGGUCGGCCUCUUGGUUUAUCCUAUGUCAAAUACUCAAACCAGAACGGAGGAGACUCCAUGGAGGCUGAUGGUGGUAUGACUCAAGAUCAGAUGAUGUAA